AGCUAAUACGGCGACCGGGGCCACCUGCAUGUCAUGAUGGGAUAAUACUUGGCAUAAUUGAUUAUUCGAUGAGAAUAGUAGUCAUGAGAUUGUCGCACAUAAUAAUGUGUAGAGUGUAGACUAGUCCGACUCUUUGGGAGGGUCGGGAGGAGAAAGAUGGGGCGGGAUCAAUGGUUUCCCCGCCCCCGCUCAGUGGGGGAUGACGACAGCCUCCACUCCUUUCUUCUCCUCUUCCGCCGGCAAACAUCUGCUCCGAUCGACUCCGCCACGUCAUGGUGGAUUUCCAAGGGACUCUGUGCCUCGCUCGCUGCCUUUCCGUCCGACAAAGCAAUGGGAAAGAAGAAAAGCAACCCAAGGUCCCAUCCAGGCAUCCCCGACAAACUAUCUACCCAACCAUCUACCUCCAGAGCACAGGCACAGCCUACGGGCAAUAUAUAUAGAAACAACUGGCCAACCCAGGACCGGGCAACGCAAUUCCAGCAGUAUGGCUUGUCCGGGCUCGUGUCAUCCGCGUUCAUCUGACAGGCAGGCAACGCAGCCCUGCCGGCCACCAAUGCUCUUUAAGCUUUCCCCGGCAUCUGGAUGGGCGCGCUACGGAUUUCGAUCUAUACUCUUUCUGCUUUUUCUUUCUCUUUAAACGCCCCUCUCCAACAGUAGUAUUACAGUAGUGCUUCUGCAGUGCGUCCCAAAGCAGCCCCAUUGGGUGCAAUUGACAACCCUUGCACUUUUCGCACACUAUCCAAAGCCUUCAAGGUCCUCAAGGCCUCCAAAAACGGCAAUCUCAUCGAAAAAGCCGUUGAGAAUGAGUACUAUUGC